ACCUGACGGCUUCCACCACCACACACACCAGACACAGAGGACAGGUGGAAAGGACACUACAAACCAGCCCGCCGCCGCCGGCGACAGGGCGCGUGUGCGCCUCGUGCGUGCGUGUGCGCCGAUCAAAUUCCCUGCCCGGCCCCCAGCCGACGUGGCAUGGCAUCCCCAGCUGGAUCGCGCAGAAUUCCAAGCACCACCGAAUCAGGGCGAGUGGGAGCAGAGGGAAUCCCAUGUCUCCGCCCCUCGCUGGAGUAGAUCCUCGGGGAGCCGGCGUGGAGCUGCCGCGGUAGAAAGCCAGCUGAGCCUGCGAGCGCCUGAUCCAGCCCGAUCGGGAUCGAUGGGUGGGGAGGCGCCGGAGCCGCGGCGGCUGACCCGCGCUCUGAGCAUCGGUGGCGGUGGCGGCGGCUGGGUUCCCGAUGAGAUGCUGCAACUGGUGUUGGGGUUUGUUGAGGACCCGCGCGACCGGGAGGCCUUGUCGCUGGUGUGUCGCCGGUGGCACCGCAUCGACGCGCUCUCGCGGAAGCACGUGACGGUGCCCUUCUGCUACGCCGUGUCCCCGGCACGCCUGCUCGCGCGGUUCCCGCGGCUCGAGUCGCUCGCGGUGAAGGGGAAGCCCCGCGCGGCCAUGUACGGGCUCAUACCCGACGACUGGGGCGCCUACGCCCGCCCAUGGGUCACCGAGCUCGCCGCGCCAUUCGAGUGCCUCAAGGCGCUCCACCUGCGACGCAUGGUCGUCACAGACGACGACCUCGCCGAGCUCAUCCGUGCCAGGGGGCACAUGCUGCAGGAGCUGAAGCUCGACAAGUGCACCGGCUUCUCCACGGAUGGACUCCGCCUCGUCGCCCGCUCAUGCAGCUCACUGAGAACUUUGUUUUUGGAAGAAUGUCAAAUUAAUGAUAAAGGCAGUGAAUGGAUCCGCGAUCUUGCAGUCAACUGUCCUGUUCUGGCAACAUUGAAUUUCCACAUGACUGAGCUUGAAGUGAUGCCAGUUGACCUAGAGCUUCUUGCAAAGAGCUGCAAGUCACUGAUUUCCUUGAAGAUUGGCGAUUGUGAUCUUUCAGAUUUGAUAGGGUUCUUCCAAUCUGCCACAUCACUGGAAGAAUUUGCUGGAGGGACAUUUAAUGGGCAAGGGGAACUCACCAAGUAUGGGGAUGUUAAAUUUCCAUCAAGAAUAUGCUCCUUGGGACUUACUUUCAUGGGUGCAAAUGAAAUGCCUAUUAUAUUUCCUUUUUCUGCGAUACUAAAGAAGCUGGAUUUGCAGUACACUUUCCUCACCACCGAAGACCAUUGCCAGCUCAUUGCAAAAUGCCCGAACUUACUAGUUCUCGCGGUGAGGAAUGUGAUUGGGGAUAGAGGAUUAGGAGUUGUUGCAGAUACGUGCAAGAAGCUCCAAAGGCUCAGAAUUGAGCGAGGAGACGAUGAAGGAGGUGUGCAAGAAGAGCAGGGAGGGGUCUCUCAAGUGGGCUUGACAGCUAUAGCGGUAGGCUGUCGUGAACUGGAAUACAUAGCUGCCUAUGUGUCUGAUAUAACCAAUGGGGCCUUGGAAUCUAUCGGGACAUUCUGCAAAAAACUCUAUGACUUCCGGCUUGUUCUGCUCGAUAGAGAAGAGAGGAUAACAGAUUUGCCACUGGACAAUGGUGUCCGGGCUUUGUUGAGGGGCUGCACCAUGCUUCGGAGGUUUGCUCUGUACUUGAGACCAGGAGGGCUCUCAGAUGCAGGUCUCGGCUACAUUGGACAGUGCAGUGGAAACAUUCAAUACAUGCUUCUCGGUAACGUUGGGGAAACCGAUGAUGGAUUGAUCAGUUUCGCUCUGGGAUGUGUAAACCUGCGAAAGCUUGAGCUCAGGAGCUGUUGCUUCAGCGAGCGAGCUCUGGCCCUCGCAAUACUAAGUAUGCCUUCCCUGAGGUACGUAUGGGUUCAGGGCUACAAAGCGUCUCAAACAGGCCGAGACCUGAUGCUCAUGGCGAGGCCCUUCUGGAACAUAGAGUUUACACCUCCCAGUUCCCAGAAUGCUGGUCGGUUGAUAGAAGAUGGGGAACCUUGCGUAGAUAGUCAUGCUCAGAUACUGGCAUACGGCUCUCUUGCUGGUAAGAGGUUGGACUGCCCACAAUCCGUGGUCACUUUGUAUCCUGCGUGAGUGUAAAUAGACUGAGGGCCCGUUUGGUGCCCAUGGAACCGUUGUCUGGAACAAUUUCUGGUAGGAUUGCUUGCUGAUUUGUAUAGGCUUUGAUCAGCUGGAAACAAAUGAACAAGGCCUAAGCUCGUGUCUUUCUCUCACGUCCUUGCUUUCUUAGCCUCAUGGUCAACAAGAAUGGUGUUGAUAACACGAUAUGUGCUUAUUGUAUUGAUCUAGAUGGCUAGCUGCUACGUACUGCAAUCAGCUACUAGUAGUUGAGAUGACCUGGAUUCUGGAAUAAGCCCUUGCUAUCUUCGCCUGUACUGCUAUCUAAUCCUAGGAAGCAUGUAUAUGUAUACUGGUAAAAGUAACGAUGGAAGAUGUGAGUCUGAUUGCCCGCCCUGAUUUGUCUCAUGGGAGGUAUAAGACUAUCUCCAGCAACUUACCCAUCUCUGUACUUAUAUUCAAACUUUAUUGAGCGAACAGUGCAGUCUAUAGUGCAGGAGUCGGUCAAAGAUUGUUUUUAAGAUAUUUUACAUUGCAUAUUGCAUCGAUCAUAAAGUAGAGAUUAAAAUAGGAGAUAUGAUGUGUAAGCUCCUCCCUAAGAAUACGUGGGUUGCGAGAUGUUCCUUA